UGAACUUAUUCGGAUUCCCUGUCGUUACUCUUCACACAAUUGUCACACACAACACGCGGUUUUGAGCUGAGCAGAGCAGAGCAGGGUUGAAGAGCGAAGCAUGAAUGCCCCUGAUCGUUACGAGCGAUUUGUUGUCCCCGAGGGCACAAAGAAGGUUUCGUAUGAAAGGGACACGAAGAUUAUAAAUGCAGCUUCGUUCACAAUCGAAAGGGAAGAUCACACAGUCGGCAACAUCCUACGCAUGCAAUUGCACAGGGAUGAGAAUGUCCUCUUCGCAGGAUACAAGCUUCCUCACCCUCUGCAGUACAAAAUCAUCGUUAGGAUUCACACAACUAGCCAGUCUUCACCAAUGCAGGCGUAUAAUCAGGCCAUUAAUGAUCUAGAUAAGGAACUCGAUCAUCUAAAGAAUGUAUUUGAGGCAGAGGUAGCGAAGCAUUCAGGAGGGGGAUACUAAUCUGACUAGGCAGUGAUGUAGUACUGGCAGUUUGUGCGCAAAUGGAGGGUGUGAGUUGUCUGAUAGAACCUGUAGGUGUGUGUUGUUUGUUAGAGCUUGCUGUGGUGAAUUAUGAUAAUCACUGAUUUUGGUUUGAAAUGUAAAGGAUGCUUUGGAGCAAUUGCUUUUCCCUGCAGGUGGUGUUAUUCUAGAAUUAUUCGAAGAGUUGGAAUACCUAGCUAUUCUUUCUUCUUCUUCUUUUUAUUCCUACUUUCCAUGUUAUUUAUUUAUUUAUUUAUUUUUCUUCCAUGGAUUAGAAA